GUGAAUGUGAGUAAAUGAUGUUGAAGUGAGAAGAAUAGGUCUGAAUUUCUGCAUACUAUCUUUUGUUGUUAUCUUGUUUGUCUUCACUUCAUUCAGCAUCCCCAUUUCCCUAUUUAUUUUUUUUGAAAAUUCCGCAAUCAAAAACUCCCUCCAUACCUCCUCUCUCUCACCUCUCAUUUAAUCUCCCCCCACCAAACUCAUCUGUCACUCUCUCUUCAAGUAUCAGAGUUCCUCUCUUCUUCUUUCAAAUAGAGUAGUAAAAGAAAUGGCUGUUCCAUCAAGAGGAGUAAGGAAAACAACAGAAACAGUAAUUCAUAAUAAUAGUAUUCAAGUAGUUCCUUACAAUAAUAAUAAGAAGAAAGUUGUUAUAGAUAGAGAUCAUCUUCAUCAUUAUCAUCAUCAAACAAUUACUAGUCCUGAAAGAACAAUGGUUUGGAUUGAACCUAAAUCUAAACCGAAAAUGGAAAUUAUUAGAAAAGUUCCUGUUGUUUAUUAUCUCUCCAAAGAUGGUCAUUUAGAACAUCCUCAUUUUAUUGAAGUUCCACUUUCCUCUAAUGAUGGCCUUUAUCUCAACGAUGUGAUCAAUCGAUUAAACUCUUUACGAGGAAAAGGAAUGGCAAGCAUGUAUUCAUGGUCUUCUAAAAGGAGUUACAAGAACGGAUUCGUAUGGCAUGAUUUAUGUGAAAACGAUUUCAUAUAUCCAGCACAUGGACAAGAAUACGUGCUAAAAGGAUCAGAAUUUCUUGAAACUUUUUCAAGUUUCAGAUCUCAGAAUCAAGAAGUAAUGAUUCCAGAAAAACUAGCUGAAACUCAACAUUAUCAUCAUAAAUCAGUAGGUGAAAGUAACAAUGAGUUUCCAGUUGUAGUUGUUCAGACCCAGAGAUCAAGAAAUCAAUCAUGGAGUUCAAUAGAUGAUAAUCAUAAUCUUAAUCAUCUCCAUGAAUACAAAGUUUAUAAAACCGAAUCAUCUUCAACUGGUGAGUAUUCUGGUAAAGCUUCUGAUGCUGCUACACAGACUCAAACUGAUCAUGAAAAGAGACGAAUUAGAUCAUCAAGAAGGUUAAUCAGAGAAGAAGAAGAUGAUGCUGACGAUGAACCAAAUCAUGAACAAACGACUGAGUUGAGUAGAGAUGAGAUUUCACCACCACCUUCUUCAUCAAGUCCUGAAACCCUAGAAUCACUGAUCAAAGCUGAUGUUCGUAUCAAAAGUAACAUCAUCAGUGAACCAUCGUCAUCAUUAUCAUCCUCUGAUAUAAGGAAUCUAACGGGUAAUAAUCAUCCAAGUGGACGAGUUAAAGCAUCUGCUGUUUUGAAACAGUUGAUCUCUUGCGGAUCAUUUACUGUGAAAGAUGGUGGUGGGCCAGAAGGAGAAUCGUCAAAUCAAGGGUUCUCGUUCAUUCAACAUUACAGAGCUAGAUUACCACAUGAAUCAUCUUAUCAUGGGGCUGGUAUCGAUUUAGAAAACCCUAGUUGUUAUUCUGAAAUGGGGUUAGAAGAUAAAGAGUAUUUCAGUGGAAGCCUAGUCGAGAUGAAAAAAGAUGAUUACACUACUACUACCAGUAGUCUUACAAGAUCAUCUUCUUACAAUGCUGAUAGAAGUUCAAAGCUAGAAAUUGAGAAGAAGGAAACGAGAGGAGUAGGAGAGGAUGAAUACAUACAGAAGAGGAAACCAAAGACUACAUCAACAAAGAAAGAAAGCAACUACAACAUGAACAACAUCUCAAGAACACCAUUACAUGGAAGCAAGAGGCAUAGUCAUGAACCCAUCAGAUAAUAAACUCAACCAUAAUGAAAGGUACCAAGUCACAAACAUCUUGCACGACUUUCACACGUGGUUUGUCGUGAUAAGAGGAGAAGAACUGAAGAAACAAGUAACUCGAUUUAAUCUCGAACUCUCGAAGUAAGUUUUUAACUGUAAAAGUUUUAUAUGGCAAGUAGAAAUGUCAAAGUAGAAAGAUUAAGAACGCAUUAACCAAGGAGAAAAGGGCAAGAUUAUGCGGUUUAAUAUUGAGAUGGUGAACUGUAGUUCACGGCAUCAACAAAAGAGAGACAUUGGAGUUUGUUUGUUGGAGGUUUAAUAGUAUUUGUUUUUUUGUUUUGAACCCAAACUCCCAUUUUUAAUCAGUUUUUUGUUUUGGUAUUUGGGA